GGAUCGCAGUAUGUUCUUAUCCUCCCCUCGUGGCCCCUGGACUGCCAGAGAAAAAAAGAUUUACUGUUACUGCUACUGGCUUGUAUAAUUCAUUUCUUGAUACUAAGAAGGCUUCGUUUGAAACAGUAAAACUGCACUUUGAAAGAGAAGAGGGAAGUCUCGGUGUAGAGAGGAUUGCAAGCUUUGUUCUUGGACUUAGAAGGGGGAAGCUGGGCAGGUAUCCUCCUUGGCCAGGAAAGAUUGUAAAUCCACCCAAAGACUUGAAGAAACCUCGUGGAAAGAAGUGCUUCUUUGUGAAGUUUUUUGGAACAGAAGAUCAUGCUUGGAUCAAGGUUGAACAGCUAAAACCAUAUCAUCCCCAUAAAGAGGAAAUGAUCAAGAUUAAUAAGGGUAAAAGAUUUCAGCAGGCUGUGGACGCUGUGGAGGAGUUUCUCAAAAAAGCCAAAAGCAAAGACCAGUCAUCCCAUAAUUCUGCUGAAGAGAAAAAUCGGCGUAAUUCCAGUGAAGAAAGAAGUAAGCAGAACUCAGGAGAUGAGAAACGAAAAGCUGGCCUAUCUGAAGGGAAAGUAAGGAAGAAUAUGGGAGAAGGAAAGAAGAGAGUAUCUUCAGCCUCUACAGAAAGAGGCUCCAAAUCACCUCUAAAAAGGGCCCAGGAACAGAGUCCCAGAAAACGAGGUCGCCCCCCAAAGGAUGAGAAGGACCUCACAAUCCCAGAAUCCAGUACAGUGAAAGGAAUGGUGGCAGGAACAAUGGCUGGGUUUAAAUGGCAACCAAGUGUAAGCGAGCCUGUAAAAGAUGGGGACCCACAUUUUCAUCACUUUCUUCUCAGCCAAACAGAGAAGCCAGCUGUCUGUUAUCAGGCGAUAACAAAGAAGUUAAAAGUAUGUGAAGAGGAAACCGGAUCCACAUCUAUCCAAGCAGCAGACAGCACAGCAGUGAAUGGCAGCAUCACUCCCACGGACAAAAAGAUAGGAUUUUUGGGCCUUGGCCUCAUGGGAAGUGGCAUUGUCUCCAACUUACUAAAAAUGGGUCAUACAGUCACUGUAUGGAACCGGACAGCAGAAAAAUGUGAUUUGUUCAUCCAGGAGGGGGCCCGGCUGGGAAGAACCCCCGCUGAAGUGGUCUCCACCUGUGACAUCACCUUCGCCUGUGUGUCGGAUCCCAAAGCAGCUAAGGACCUGGUGCUGGGCCCUAGUGGCGUGCUUCAAGGGAUCCGCCCUGGAAAAUGCUAUGUAGACAUGUCAACGGUGGAUGCAGACACGGUCACUGAAUUGGCCCAGGUGAUUGUGUCCAGGGGUGGUCGAUUUCUAGAAGCCCCCGUCUCAGGAAAUCAGCAGCUGUCUAAUGAUGGGAUGCUAGUGAUCUUAGCAGCGGGAGACAGGGGCUUAUAUGAAGACUGCAGCAGCUGCUUCCAGGCAAUGGGGAAGACCUCCUUCUUUCUAGGUGAGGUUGGGAAUGCAGCCAAGAUGAUGUUGAUUGUGAAUAUGGUCCAGGGAAGUUUCAUGGCUACCAUAGCUGAAGGACUGACGCUGGCCCAAGUGACAGGACAGUCUCAACAGACAUUGCUUGACAUCCUCAAUCAGGGACAACUGGCUAGCAUCUUCCUGGAUCAGAAGUGCCAAAAUAUUCUACAAGGGAACUUUAAACCUGAUUUCUACCUGAAGUAUAUCCAGAAGGAUCUCAGAUUAGCCAUUGCACUAGGUGAUUCUGUCAACCACCCAACUCCUAUGGCAGCUGCAGCAAAUGAGGUAUAUAAACGAGCCAAGGCACUGGACCAGUCUGACAAUGACAUGUCUGCUGUGUACCGAGCCUACAUACACUAAGCCCUGAGGCCCUAUCUUCCUUCUAAUCCCCAUUCCUCACAUGGGGUCAGGGUCCUGGGACUUAACUCUGGACCAGUCCAUCUGUCUCUGUUUCCUUUUAUACACAGACUUUGAAAAGAUUUGCCAUGAGUGCAGCUGCAGCAUCAGGCCUCCCCUGGGGGCUCAAGGAAAAGGGGGGAGGGGGUGGGAAAGGUGAUGUUGGAUUGUGAAAAACUAAUGAGCAGUCCUGCUGUGCACUUGCUGCCUGGAUCAGAAUGGUGGCCAUGUGUUCAGACAGGCCCUGCCCCCCACCUCCUUUGACCCCUAGAAGUGAUGCUGCCAGAAUCUGCUUGGCUUCUUUCUCCUUCCUGAGUUUGUCAGAGUCUGAGUUCCUCCUAGCAAAGGGGGCCAGAGCCCAUCUUCCCCUCUUUCAUUGGGGUUUUAAAGAAGCAGCCUCCAUAGUGUCCUAGUUGCGAAGUACGAGUUCCUCAUACUCUUGGGAAUGGCUCUUAUUCCUUUUGAUCCUACCCUAAUUUGCCUGGGAAUAUAGGCUGCUCCAUUGGGAGGCCACCUAGGUCUCCCAUGUCAGCACAUCCCCCAGGGAAGAGGACAAUGAGGUGGCACAGACCCCAGAAAGGGGCCUACAGUACCUCAGGCUACAAGCAACCAGUUGGAGAGCAUUUGGGUAUUUAAGCCACCAACAUUCUGAAAAAGAGAACUAGUAAACUAAUUCCUCCUUACAUGGUUUUAUGAACUGGAAAGAUUGCAGGUUUGAGUGAAGAACAGGCCCACCCCAACAUCACCAUCCCAUCACAGUAACUACCAUUGGCUCAGGCUGAAAUUGGAAUCCCUGGCCUUUAUGAGGCUACUGGAAGGGGUUUAUCCAAUGUAGAUGGGAUUUAGCCAUCACCAACCUGAUUUAGUGUUUGGAUUUGCAUUCUGGCCUGGGGGGGGGGGGGCAGUGAGCACACCAAUGAGAGAGCAGUGAGGUGUGUGUGGAAGAAUGACUCCUUUCUGUUUCCGUUAUGUCACAUGCUCUUCUGACUCCUUUUGGAGUCCUCUUGAUAUCCCCUUUAGACCCUUCCAUCUGUGUCCAUACAGAGAGCCCUGUUGUGCAUGCCACCACCUUUUUCUUCCUACCCAUCCCUGUCUUUGAAGAGACAGUGAGUGUCUUUUUACCUACUUUGACCCAGACCUAGCUUCCCUUGCCCUGGGUAACCAACACUGACCAAUCAUGGGAUCAGUUCUUAGUAAAGGAAUGAGUAAUUGCACUCCAGCCAGCAUCAUGUUCUUUGUGCCUCUGGGGCCACAAGGUCCCCUGUUUGGGGAAAGAGAAGACUUGACCUGAGAUGAGUCCUGACAAACUAGAAAGGUAAACCCAAGCCCAUCUUGGAGAUUCCUGUUUUCUCUUUGGGGAGGUUACCCGCAUGGGACUGAAGUGGUGCAUAAGAACAAGGAGAGGCUGUCAUCCCUGAAAUCCUAAAUCUACCUUCCCAUUUCUGUGGGUUGGUUUUCACAUAAAGCUUAAGGUUGAUAUUCGUGGGGGGAGGGAGGGGAGGAUUCAGUGACAGCUCUGUGGGUGUAGUUUGUUUUUGUUUUGUUUUUUUUUUCCAGCAUCUAGAGGUUUGUCCCUCUUUCCCCUUUAUCUCUUACAGCCUAGGUUUGAGAAAUGAAACUUGUGGAAGAAGAGGGGACACAGGGAAGAUGCAGUAUCAUUCUGGUCCAGAUGUUUGUUUCACUGGCAAUACUGACCUUAUCUCUGUCUCUGAACAUGCCAGUUCUGUUCCUGGCCAGGAUAGUGGGAGGGGUGGGGGGGAGGGAAGGGAGAAGCUCUGGAUCUGGGAGAUGCUGUAAUGAAACUGGCUAGUCAGUGUUGUCUUAAUAUUGUUGACAAUUCUGUAAAGGUCCUUUUUAUGACUUUGUUUUAGCUAUUUCGCUUUUGUUUUUGACUCCUUUUUAAAGAGAAAAUGUGACAUUUGUGAAAAGCCUGUAAGAAAAGCAGUUUUCCUUUUCCCUCUUUCAAUGACAAACCCUCUAGGUAAUUAAGGUUGUGAAUUUUUAUUUUUGCUUUGUUUUUUAAUUAACGUUUGUCAUUCAGAAUAGGAUUGUGUGAUAAUGUUUAAAUGGCGAAAUAAAAUGAUUUUGUGCAAUUAACAAAGCUACUGCAAGAAAAUAAAAACCUUUCUUGGUAAA